GCGGCAGUGGUCGGACAUGUCUCAGUGGUGCUAGUAGUUGCUAGUGGUUGCGAGUGGUUGCUAGUGGUUCUAGUGGUGCUAGUGGUUGCUAGUUGCUAGUGGUUGCUAGUGGUCAUGAAGAAGGAGGUGAAUCUUGACGAGGUGCUGGUGGAGGUUGGGGAGUUCGGUUGGUACCAGGUCCGGAUAUACGGGCUGAUCCUCCUGCCGAUUUUCUUCAGUGCGGUUUACAGCAGUCAAUACAUUUUUGCUGCUGCAGCGGUGGAUUACAGAUGCAAGGUGCCAGAAUGCGAGUCCAACCCCCCGACCUUCGAGAUCAACGGGUGGGGGCCCUGGGCGUACCCUGAGGACGGGGGGUCCUGCGACCGCCUGCUCCCCCUCAACGACACCUGCGAGCGGGGGUCUUUCCACCCUAUACUCACGCAGACCUGCAACAGCUGGGUCUACCAAAACACCGAUAGCAUGGUGUAUACGUUCGACCUGGCUUGCGAGGAGUGGAGACGUACGCUGGUUGGAUCCAUGCAUAGCGCGGGGCUGUUCGUCGCACUGCCACUCACCGCAUUCAUUUCUGAUACGUUCGGUCGUCGUGUGGCGGUGAUCGGUACUGCGGUGGCGCCGGCUUUGGUGGGCCUGAUCCGGUCGUUCUCCACUAGCUACGUCAUGUACGUGACGCUGGAGUUCCUGGACUCCGCUGUCGGCGCCGGCGUCUACAGCUCUGGCUUUAUUCUUGCUCUAGAGAUGGUCGGGCUCAAGCGUCGAGUCCUGGGUGGUAACAUUAUAUCAUGCACCUUCGCUCUGGGCCAGGCUUUCGUCGCCCUGGUGGCCUGGGCAGUACCGGAAUGGAGAACAUUGACGAGAGUGCUCUAUGUGCCGUCGUUUAUAUUCAUCGUCUACUGCUUCUUCCUAGAGGAGAGUGUGAGAUGGUUGCUCAGCAAAGGGAAUAAGAAGGAAGCGGCACGAAUCAUAUUCAAAGCGGCAGAAGUUAAUAAGAAGAAGCUAUCGCCAGAAACGAUAAGGCAACUGACAGAAGAAGACGAAAUUGUGCAAGAUAAGCCGGAAACUGAACCAGAAAAGAAGAAAACAGAUUCCAUUGUUCUCCAAGUGUUGAAGUCUCGAGUGAUAAUGAUUAGAUUGGUAGUUUGUUCCUUCUGGUGGAUCACUGUUACCUUCAUCUACUACGGUCUCUCUAUCAACUCUGUGUCGCUCGCUGGCAAUAGCUACAUCAACUUCAUGCUGACUGCUCUCAUCGAGAUCCCUGGGUACUUCAUGAGCUUCGUCACUUUGGAUCGCUUCGGUCGGAAGAGUUCUAUCAUGUCCGCUUUCUUCAUCUGUGGACUCUCUCUAGUCUGUUUGCCGUUUAUACCUGGACACAUCAUCUGGCUGCAGACCUGUCUUAACCUGUUGGGCAAGCUGUGCAUCAGUAUGGCGUUCAGCAGCAUCUACAUCUACACGUCAGAGCUGUACCCCACGUCGCUCAGACACACGUUACUGGCUGUGUGCUCGUUCUGCGGACGCCUGGGGCAGCUGGUGGCGCCACAGACGCCGCUACUGGUGGCAUACAUGGAUUCGCUGCCCUACCUCGUGUUCGGAGCCAUGGCUGCGACAUCCGGUAUGCUGAUGCUACUGACUCCAGAGACCCUCAACACCAACCUGCCCGAUACCGUUACACAGGCCGAGAACAUAUCUGUUGUACCCAAACCUAACCAGAGGAGAGAUAUCAUUGAAUAGUCGGUCUCAAUUUACUGGAAAGAAAGUAGCUUGGUAGAAGGCGGUUAGCGAGUUUGUUGACCGUUUGUGCAGUCGUCAUUGCACUAUCAGAUUCAUAGGCAGAUGGCGAAUCUACGGUAAUGAUGGUUUUCAAUAUAAUAUCAAUAGGCACCAGAUUGAGUCAUGUAACCGUAGGGUUUUUCGUAUCAAUAGUCUUGUCUGUUUGACACGACAAUACUUGACACGAAAGACCCUUCGGUUACUUAUCUCUACGGUGAAAAUGAAACAUCGAAAACCCUCAUUGAUUAAGUAAUGGUCAAUGUUACUUGUGAUCUGGCAGAUGGGCUUGACAUAAAAUGACCAAUUUACCUAUGUCUGCCAUCUGAGGGGUUAGUGCGAGUUUUAUUCGAUCAUGCGCAUCGAGCACGUAA